CUCAUCCUUUUAAGUAAAUGUAUCCUUGCCCCGCGUCCAGUUGAGAACUAGCAACCCCAGCGAACAUCGAAAGCCUCCAGGAUGGUGUGGGAACCUUCAUCGUGUUGUGGGAUCGGCAGGAGGACAGCCGGUUACGUCAUAGCCUCCAUUACAGCCAUUUACUGUAUAUUUGACACGGUUUUGACCAUUUACUACUUGUCCAACGGGAAAUUCAAUGUUAUCUUGGCUGACCAUUGCGAGAAGCUGUCAAGUGGUGAAGACUUUACCAAGAAUUGUAUUGACGUAGCUCAAAGAACCUUUAAUGGAUUAAUAUCAGUUCGAUUGGUGAUGGAGAUUCUUCAUAUCAUUUUUAGCUUCCUCCUCAUGCAUGGCAUCAGAACGACUAAUCCACGUCUGAUGGUUCCCUACCUGGUGAUGAUGUUGAUUGCUAUCGUCUUGUUGACACUGUGUUCUGCUUUCAUGGUAGCGGUAUUAAUGGUUUUGAGCUUCAGGAUUGGUCUGAUAGGGGCUAUCAUCCUUGGAGGAAUUAUUUUCAUCAUGACUUACUUCAUGCUCGUGGUUCGAGCCUAUUAUAAGGAGGUAAAUGAACCUAUAAAGAAUAACUUCGACAGACUGAAGGCUUAAAGGAAAAAGAGCUCAGAACGCGAAAUCCUGGACUACGUGGACGAGCAUCACCAAGAAAAGGAUGUGAGACUUGAUUGUUAUGGUUGAUCUCAUGUUAAAUUUGGGGAUUCUCUUUUUUUUAAUUGAUGAAUGGGUUAUGUAAAUCCAAAGAUAUACAAUUUUCCAUUAAUGAAUAUUUUUAUCCUUCAGUUCAAUUACCAGAAUAUAUUCAAUAACCAUCACAUCCCUACUAGUAUUAUACAUUUGUUAAUUGGGUUACCAGAUACUGGUGUUAAUUGGUUUACCAGAUACUGGUGAAACGUUUGCUACUUGUCAUUAGUGUUUUGUCAAUACUUAACAAAUAAACACGCAAAAUGCAUGUC